AUGACCCUCCCCAAGACGAGCAUCACAGGCAGUACCACUUCUUCUCAGUUACCAGGUAGGUGUAUUCGUGCGGAUAUACGGACAGCAUUCUGCGGUUGCCCAAGCUCUCGACUGUCUUUGCCUCCAGUUGUAUCUAUCCAUCUGUCCUGGCGAGAGACGGACAAGUCAGUUCUUCUCUGCUGGUUCUUUCGGCUUGUGACGACGCUGGGCCUCUUCGUGCCGGUCAGUCAUGUCAGUGUGUUCCAUCCCAAGCAAUGUCAGGGUGUCAGGGGUUCUGAACGACUCUUUGCGGCGGUAUCUCGGUACGUAGCCGAAUGUACAGACGCAAGACUCCACGAGACCACAGAACCAGAACGGAGAGAGCGCGGAACAGUAAUACCAGCACCCAGCAGCGCAGCCAUCAAGCGCAAGACGGCAAGGCAGUCACGGGUGCGCAAGAGACCUUCUGGGACGGUCAACGACACAGGGAUACGUACAAAGGGCACUCCAAGGGCCCAAGGGAAGGGGGUUGACGAGGUCCAGAAACUUGUCGUUCGGGGAAGUUCGGUACACUGCCUGGACGGGGCAAGUCGUGGUGGCUUCCCCCCCGGAGUUCGAGAGGGGGUCCAGGAACGUGAGCUCCCAAAGGGGCAUCAUAGGGCAAUUGCGCUGAACUCCAUACGGCAACCCAACGCGCAAUUUUGGGAGCGCGGCCGUUUUGGGCAGUACUUCAGUCCGUUGAGGCGGCGAACGUCGACGGUCAGCUGUCCGCUCUUCCCCCUCUCCGUUCCAUCCCUCCACGUCUUCCAACUUCAGGAACGAAAACUUUCAAUUGAGACCUGGGGCCUGGCCCAGCUCAGUCCGUUGGGCUCCACGUUCAGCUCCACGGACGCCUCGCCCACGGGACCGUUUGGGCCCAUUAGAUUGCCGCAUUGCGUCCCGUCCGUCCGUCGGUUGUUUUGUCACCGUCAGCACCUCGGCCAAUCCAGACCAAGCUACUCCGUAUGGAACAUGCCAAUUCAGUCUCCAUAUCGCGUCUCCGUCACGGUUCUGGAUCUUUGGGGGGCACAGAAUCUUCGUACGUACGUUCAAGAGAAAAACGGAGACUCUCCCUGUGCGGAAUACGGGGUUUCUGUCACCAAUUCUCAGUGGCUAAGUCGUCUGGCCGAAUAUGCGCCGCGCCUCAUCUCCACGUUUUCCAUCCAAAAGUCUCCAUCGGCCUCGUCUCGACCUCCAAAGACUCCUCCACAGGCAAAGGCUCCUCCGCAGAGUCCACACCUCUACCCCCGUCCGGUCCUCCGUCGCGCUUUUUCCGUCAACCGUCAUUCGGUACCUGGCCGAAACACCCGUACACUGCCCAAAGAGGAUAAGCCAGAGAUCUGCUACCCAAAGAGGCCUGGCGUACCUCCUCGAUCUACCGUCCUGCCGGCACUGUUCCCCUUCUGGCACCCUCACAGACCGCGACGGCCUAGAACGAAUGCAGCCUCGACAGCUCGCUGCCAUUUACAGCGAUUUCCGUCUGGUCACUGGUCACGAGCCGCCGUGCCUCUUCCCGCCGAAACGGAUCGCCGUCCAGCUCGAACCGUGAAGGCAACGUCCAUCAACGCCCUGUCCCUGUCGGUCCCUGUCCAGCUGCUCACCUGCCCUGCGGCCUCGCUGCUCUUCUCCGAACCUAGGGAGCCACUGGAGGGGAAAAAGACUUCUGAGAACGGCACAACGGAGGUGACAACGCACAACGAGACCACCAGAAGAAACGCUCGACUCGACUGGUUCGCCUGGUUCUCUCUGCUGUGCCCGUUGCUCAACCCUUCCGUCGGGACGACCGCCAAUCGCUUCCCCGGAAACCCCCCUUUGAGUAUUGACGUUCACUCUACGAAUACUGGGGUCAAACAGAUGCCCUGGUUCCGAACGUUCCAAUUUCCCCAGCAUUCGGUCCCGUCCCUGAUGUCUGGAUCGCGAGUCGCAGGUGCCGCUGCAAAUACACCCCUCUUCCGCUUCGAGCAUUUCCAAACCUACGGAUACCACAGCCGCGAGGUCCCUCGGGACGAAAUCCGGCCUGCUACGCGGAAGGAUAGGUUUAGGCGCAAGAUUGAAGGGAGAACAUCUUUCGGCAACUCGCAGUGCCCUGAGCUGGCACCAAAGCAGCUUGCUUGGGCCCGGACUCGCGACGGCGACAAGGUCAAUUCGUCGUCGCCAAAUUUGGUUGCGGACGAAUCGGCGGCGGCCCGUCAUCAACAAAUCCUGCCGCUUGUCGCCUGUCUGCCGCCUGCCCGCUGCCCGCCCACGAAGCUCAGCCCUCGUGAGGCCAGCAACUUGGAACCUGGUAUCGAUGAUGAACUCAACCGCCCUGCUUGCUCAUCGCCUCAUUACCUACCCCGCGGGGGUCGGGGGCAGCAAGAGGCAGAUGGGCGCUUUGUGGGCUCUCCCACGCCCCGGAAUGAGUUGUUCUUCCUGCUCACGAGAGACACUCAUGCCAACUCAGAGGUCAGAAAGAACAAGGCCAAGACGUAUGCAGUCGGUGCUUUCUGGUUCCUGAACCAGGCGAGACAUUCGUUCCCAAACUCUCAAGCCCCGGCAUGGGUCAACUGGUCACCAGGCCCCAAAAAGUGCCUCGUCACAGCACCUGGGGGAACUUUGGAGAGGCUGCAAUUGGACCCUUGA